ACGGGUUAUUUGUUCCAGUGAAAGUGUCAGACGGUCCCUAAGUGUGCAGGCUUGGUAGUUGAUACUGGAUCACCGAGCAGCAGCAGCUCCCUAAGACCGUCGCUGCGGUCCCUCACGGCGGACACGCAUCCACAUCAUCCCCGCGUCCUCUGCUCCUGCUGUGCGGCUCUGAGCUGGAAGCUGAACGGUCCGGAGAGGGCUACGGCGGUGCGGCCAUCUGCGGACAUGAGGACACCUGAUACGGCGGCUUCUUGCGAAAGGCGGACCGGGAACCGCGUCGAUUUUCGCCGAGCAAAAGAAUCGUCAUGACCCUUUUCCUGCAGACCAGUCACUCUUUGUCUGAGGGACCUUGACCCGUUUUGGUUUCUGGACUUAUCAACGCAGGGAUGAGAUAAUAAAGUCAACUAGCUGGUGCAUGCUGCUACAACAACUCUUGCGGCACUUGUAAACCCACCCCAGCCUGCCUCCAGCCCCUCCCUGACGGAAAUUAAUUUCAACAGUCGAAAACAUGACAACACCGGCUCUCCUGCCGCUGUCGGGCCGCAGGAUUCCCACUCUGUCACCGGGUGCCUCCUCCUUUCCGCACCAUAGAGCUACGCUAAGGCUCUCCGAGAAGUUCAUCCUCCUCCUCAUUCUCAGUGCCUUCAUCACCCUAUGUUUCGGGGCCUUCUUCUUUCUCCCGGACAAUUCCAAACACAAGCGCUUCGACCUGGGCUUGGAGGAUGUGCUCAUCCCUCAUAUUGACUCGCCCAAAGAGGGGAAGCAUGUGUCUGGACAAGUGGUCAUACAUGGACAGGGAGGACAUGACGAGCACCGGCAUAGGGAGGAGGAGGAGAGCCUGCGGGACAAGAUACGGGCAGACCACGAGCGAGCUCUGCAGGAGGCAAAGGAGAAGCUAAGGAAGUCACGUGAGGAGCUGCAGGCUGAGAUCCAGACAGAGAAAAACAAAGUGAUGGAGGACCUGAAAAAGAAGGACCAAGGGCCUAAACCUUUGCCACCUGUCCCGAUGCCAAAAGUGGUGGGUGUCAGUGAUGGAGAACCACCAGAGCCUGACGUCAAAGAGAAACGAGACAAGAUCAGAGAGAUGAUGAAACAUGCGUGGGACAGCUACAGACAGUACGGCUGGGGUCAUAACGAGCUGAAGCCACUCGCCAAGAAGGGACAUUCCACAAAUAUCUUUGGUAAUUCCCAACUAGGGGCGACCAUUGUGGAUGCCUUAGACACUCUGUACAUCAUGGGUCUGCACGAUGAGUUCAAGGACGGACAGGAGUGGAUUGAACAGAACCUGGACUUUGGUGUGAAUUCUGAGGUCUCAGUGUUUGAGGUCAACAUUCGUUUCAUAGGAGGACUGCUGGCCGCCUACUACCUCUCUGGACAGGAAGUUUUCAAGCUUAAGGCGGUCCAGUUAGCCGAGAAGCUGCUCCCUGCCUUUAACACUCCCACAGGAAUCCCCUGGGCCAUGGUCAACCUGAAGAGUGGUGUUGGUCGUAACUGGGGUUGGGCGUCAGCAGGAAGCAGCAUCCUGGCUGAGUUUGGGACUCUUCAUAUGGAGUUUGUUCAUCUCACGUAUCUGACAGGGAACCCUGCCUACUACCAGAAGGUGAUGCACAUUCGGAAGCUGCUGGCCAAAAUGGAUCGACCCAACGGGCUCUACCCCAACUACCUGAACCCCCGUACGGGCCGCUGGGGUCAACAUCACACCUCAGUUGGAGGACUUGGGGACAGUUUUUACGAAUACCUGCUGAAGGCAUGGCUCAUGUCAGACAAGACGGAUACAGAGGCCCGGAAGACGUAUGAUGACGCCAUUGAGGCCAUCGAACGCCACCUGAUACGCAAAUCCAACGGUGGUCUGACCUUCAUUGGUGAGUGGAAGAACGGCCACCUGGAGAGAAAGAUGGGCCACCUGGCGUGCUUCGCCGGCGGCAUGUUUGCGUUGGGCGCUGAUGGUUCACCCGACGACAAGGCAGGGCACUACUUGCAGCUGGGAGCCGAGAUCGCGCACACUUGCCACGAGUCCUACGACAGGACGGUGCUGAAGCUCGGCCCGGAGGCUUUUAAGUUCGACAGCGGGUUGGAGGCGGUGGCAGUGCGGCAGAAUGAGAAGUACUACAUUCUGCGACCGGAGGUCAUUGAGACCUACUGGUACAUGUGGAGGUUUACCCACGAUCCCAAAUACCGGCAGUGGGGCUGGGAGGCAGCACAGGCCAUUGAUAAGUACUGCAGGGUGAGCGGAGGUUUCUCCGGAGUGAAGGACGUCUACUCCUCCAACCCGACCUACGACGACGUGCAGCAGAGCUUCUUCCUCGCAGAGACGCUUAAGUACCUGUACCUGUUGUUCUCCAGCGACGACCUGAUGCCGCUGGAAAGCUGGGUCUUCAACACGGAGGCUCACCCGCUUCCUGUUCUCCACCUGGGCAACAUCACUCUGCCCGGCAGCGAGCCGGCUCAACGGUAGAUGGACAGACCUUUCUCUCUCCGCCAACAGCACCAGGGGGCGCCACAUGUCUGCCCACCUGCCUCAAAAAACUAAAACAAAAAAAAUCACCCACAAACACUGAACAAACUUACAUUCUGAUGUACAGACUCUCAACUGCGUUCGGACUGCAGACAUCGACAGGAGACGGAACGAGAGCCUCCAGCACAGAAGAGAGGUUCUGAGGUUCUCCCACAGGAGAAGAGAGGUUCUCUUCUUCUGUCUUUAAAUCUUCGACUUUUUCUCUCCAUCGCUCUGUCUUCUCUGCUCAGGACGGUGGGUGCGCUGCUCAGCUUCAAGUUUGGCUUGAACAAACUCUUUUCUCUGAAGGACCGAGCUCCAAAGCUGGUGGCUUGACUUAGUUAUUUUUUAUCGUUUUUUGUGUCUUAUUUGACCAAACUUUGCUCCUGCACAGACUGGAGGCACUGCGAGUGCUCUGUGGGGUUUUGUGAAGGACAAUGCAGUCACUUUGACACUGGGCCUGAUGGAGGUGUCAUUUUUCCACACAGACAGACUCAAGGACUUUACAGGGUCUGUUAAUAAAGUGUGAUAUAUUUUUGGGGGGGAUGUAAAAAUCCUGAAUGGGGACUCAGUGUUGAAUCAAAGCCCUCCGUUUCUCCUGACCCGACCUACUCCCCAUGUGAUGGUCAUCAGAUGAACCUUGACCUGGAACUGUCAGCAGCUCGUCACAUCCUUGGUGUCAGAGCGGGCCAGAAACAGCAGCAGGCCUCCCUCCAUCUUCACCACUUCUCAAAACCUUUCCACGUUCUCCUCCAGCUGGACACAUCAACCCCAAACCAGCUGCAACUCGAUUUAUCAAACCAUCUCUUAUUUCAACACCUCUCUCAUCUCUCCUGUCCGCUUCUUUCCCACCUUUUCAUAAAUCACAUAACAUCAUUUUCACACCAUUCAAGGCUUGAACCCAACCAUGCUUCCAUAGGAGUGCGUGUGUGUAAGAGUGUGUGUGGCAGUUUAAAUAACCCCUGCUGUAAAUCAAUAGUUUGUGCACUUUGUCUAGGAAAAGGGGGGUGGAGGUGUAGCACUGGAAGAGCUGAAUAAAAGAAGAUGGCUUAUUCCACAGUUUACUCCUUUCGACCUUGUAUCACUGUUCUGCCACCAAAACUGAAGGCUUCAUUAACCCCCUGCGCUCUUAAAAAUCAGAAUCCUACUCUCGUUUUCUCUUCUCUCGUCUCCUCGUCUUAUUCCCUGCGUCACUUCUCCACCAGAAGAAGAUUUAGAACUUUCAGGCCUUUAGUCUCAGGGUUUCACACAUCCUUCUGGAAAGUCUGGCAAAGAAUGAAACCGUAUCUCAUAUCAGUGAAAUAGGAAUUUUGAAUAGAUUUAAAAUAAAAUGUGGAAAAAAAUGUUUUUUCAUUUUCAGAGAAACAAUCACCUGUGAACCUACUCCGGGAUCUGACCCUGUUCAUCACAUUGUCCAACAACUAAAUGAAUCAUAUCCUCAAAAACAUCUAGAGCAUUAAAACUAUAAAGAAACUGUGGUCGGAGGGAAACGUAUAGUUUCUGGCGUAGACUGUAAAUAAACAUGGACGACACAUCUCCACUUCCAACCUCUGUACAAAAAUGAAGCUAAUAGAUCCCAGACUUGGGCUCCGCCAUCUUUCUCCUUUAACGUCACAUGCACUCGACCAAUCCCAGGUCAGUCUCAGCUGUUUUUUGUUUUUUUUGCUGCAAAUAACCAAUACUAAUGCUCACAUGGAGGAGGCAUUAUCAGCAACCAGAGGGAAAUACAGAUUUUUUGGGGGUUUCACUUUUGGGAACCGUCAUGUCGUCCCUCAUAAACACACGCUUUGGGUUUUACCAUGAUUUUAUACCAUUGUUAAGAAUUAUAUAUUACUAAUGUUAUCACAAUACAGUCAGCUUAAUGAUGGGCUCAAUACACUUGUGCUAUGAACGUGUGUAUUUGUGUGUGUUCGCAACAGAGAGAAUGACGGUGUGUUAAAAUUGUGAUAUUUUCUGUAAGUUCGUCACCAGAUUGUUGGACAUGAAUCUCGUUUCCAAAAUGCGCUGAGCCAUGAAGGUUUAUAUCUGGUUUCCUUCUCGAGCCUUAUUUGCAUUUGUGACUCCUUGGGUGACACUGUGCUCUUUAUUUACAUUGUGUUUAUAUGAUGUGUCGUGAUAUAAAAUUCCUGUCAUUGUUUUUAUUAGCACAGAUUGCUGUCUGGCGUGCACAUGGAAUCAAAAUGUUGUCAGAGCCAAAUUAAUGGUAACAGCAGAUGAGACAAAAACAACAAGAUGACAGUUCAAAGAAAUUCCCCAGAAAUUUAAUUAAGAAACCCAGACACUCCCUUUUUUGACCGAAACAGAAUUUUCUGACAUUCACCCUUUUUGCAGCUGUUUGUUUGGUGAUAAAGACGAUCUGUGUGAUCAAGCACCACAAACCAAUAAAUCCCACAUUGCUCACAAACCACAUUAAAGCUGCAGGAGACCGUCCGCACGUCCGACAGCCGAGAAGGACACAGAUUAUUAUGAUAACACCAUGUAAUAUUGAAAAGUCAUAGAAUACUAAAGUAAAAGUAAAAAUCUGAAGCACAAGACGAUAUCAGGAACACGUUUAAACAUCAGCUGUGAUCAGAAAGAUUUAGGACCUGAUAUGUGAGAACGUCUGCAGCAGUAACCAACUUUUAAGCCACUUUUUGGGUUUGAUCACUUAUUAUCUUGUUAACUUGGCUUUGACCAAGAGUGUGAGAUAAUGUUUUAUCAAUCUGCCUUUUUUCUUCUGUUUAAAAUUAAUAAUGUGACGCAAAAGGCUUCUGCAGUUGUUGUUUUUUUAAGGAAUCUUCUCAAGUGUACACUCAUGAUUCUUUGCUGCCCAGUUCUUCAUUUCUCUCCCUCAUCAUUCAUCCAACAUCAUCUCAGUCUUCCUCUUUCAUCAGAUCUCCAGUCGUCCGUAAUGUUUCAGUUUUGGUUCUCAGCCUCUCUCUUUCCCCCCCAAAAUGGUCUCUGACAUGACGCUGACAUCAUCACCACCUUUAUUCCCAAAAGGAGGCAGCCCAAGGAGGAACCCAUGGGCGGCGCUUUUGAAAAUUGAGUGUUCUGUAUUUGUAUUUUUACUGAACUAAAAAAAAUAAAAUUAAAGUAUCUGUAAAUACGUUUAAAACUGAGACACAAAGUCAAUAAAGAUGUUAUGAAAAUUGG